AUGAGUUGUAUUAUUAUACCCAAAGAGGUAAGGGAUCAAAUUGAAAAAGAAGCUGUAGAGGGAAACGAACUUGAUCCAACUCGUGAUGCAAUUCUCGAAAAUUUACAAAAAAUGAAUUCUAAUCAAAUUCCAUUAACUUUCGAAAAUGCUGCAUAUUUACACAAUAAAAAUUUAGGUCAAAUGACUCAAGUAAGAAUUAAAAAAUCCGACUUACAACAGCUUUUAAAUUUAUUUGAAUCAAUUAGCUCGAAUUGCGAUAAACUGAUUCAAAAUGAAACAGAUGUGAAAAGAAUGUACAAUUUCAAAAAAGAAUAUGAUGAUAUAUUCAUUGACGAUGACGAUUGUAUGGCAAAAUUUAAUAGUUUAUCAGAGGAAGAAAAAAAGCAGCUUGAUCUCAUUGGUAAAAAAUAG